GCCGCCUUUGCAACACUGCGAAGCUGUCUUAAGGGAGGCUGGGCCCCAUUGGAGCGCCAGGCCGGAAAGUGAAGGCCUGGGGCCGCCCAGCUGGGAGAGAGCCCCCCACCCUGUCCCUGUCUCCUGCCGGCUCGCAGCCUCCUCUUCCCCCGACACACCAUGUCCCUGGCCGAGGCCAUCAGACUCUGGAAUGAAGGGGUGCUGGCAGCCGACAAGAAGGACUGGAAGGGAGCCCUGGACUCCUUCUCCGCAGUCCAGGACCCCCACUCCAGGAUCUGUUUCAACAUCGGCUGCAUGCACACAGUCCUGGGAAACUGGGCAGCAGCAGAGAAGGCCUUCUCCAGAACCAUUAACCGAGACAAACACUUGGCGGUGGCCUACUUCCAGCGAGGGAUGCUCUACCACCGGAUGGAGAAGUAUGAUUCAGCGAUUACAGACCUGAAGGAGGCCUUGGCUCAGCUCCGGGGCAACCAGCUGAUAGACUACAAGAUCCUGGGGCUGCAGUUCAAGCUGUUUGCCUGUGAGGUGUUAUAUAACAUUGCUUUCAUGCACGCCAAGAAGGAGGAAUGGAAAAAGGCCGAAGAACACUUAGCACUGGCUAUGAGCAUGAAGUCGGAACCGAGACAUUCCAAAAUUGACAAAGCCAUGGAGUGUGUGUGGAAGCAGAAGCUGUACGAGCCGGUGGUGAUCCCUGUGGGCAGGCUCUUUCGACCAAAUGAGAGGCAGGUGGCCCAGCUGGUGAAGAAGGAUUACCUGGGCAAGGCUACGGUGGUGGCUUCUGUGGUGGAUCAAGACAGCUUCUCGGGAUUUGCCCCUCUGCAGCCGCAGGCAGCGGAGCCUCCACCCAGACCCAAAACCCCCGAGAUCUUCAGGGCCCUGGAAGGGGAGGCGCACCGUGUGCUGUUCGGGUUUGUGCCCGAGACACCAGAGGAGCUCCAUGUCCAGCCCGGGAACAUCGUCUUUGUCUUGAAGAAGGGCAGUGACAACUGGGCCACGGUCAUGUUCAACGGGCAGAAGGGGCUUGUUCCCUGCAACUUCCUCGAACCCGUGGAAUUGCGGAUCCAACCUCAGCAGCAGCCCCAGCAGGAGGUCUUUGGGACUGAUUGGGCCCACCCACCUUCAGGACGAUGCCUCCCCGGAGUCCGAAGACCCCAGCUGUCACCAGGUCAGAAAGAAAACGAAGAGCCCAAGGACAUAAAGCUCAGUGUUCCCAUGCUCUACACACUCAAGGUGCACUACAAGUACACGGUGGUCAUGGAGACCCAGCCCGGACUCCCCUAUAGCCAGGUGCGGGACAUGGUGUCGAAGAAACUGGAGCUCCUGCCGGAACACACCAAGCUGAGCUAUCGGUCCGGGGACAGCCAGGAGCUAGUGCCCCUUUCGGAGGACAGCAUGAAGGCUGCCUGGGGCCAAGUGAGAAACUACUGCCUGACUCUGUGGUGUGAGAACACAGUGGGUGACCAAGGCUUUCCAGAUGAGGCCAAGGAAAGUGAGAAAUCGGAUGCCAACAGCCAGACAUUGGAACCUCAGCUGAAGGAAGGGAGCCAAGUGGUAGCGAUCUUCAGUUACGAGGCUACCCAGCCAGAAGACCUGGAGUUCCUGGAAGGGGACAUAAUCCAGGUUGUGUCCAUGGUGAACGACGAGUGGCUGGAAGGGGAGUGCAAAGGGAAGUUUGGCAUUUUCCCCAAGGCUUUUGUUGAAGAACGUGCAGCCACAGACCCGGACAGCACUCCCAGGGGAGUCUAGGAUGCCUCACAACCUAUGGAGCGGGAGGAAAAAACUAUCAUCGCAUUUGUAAGGUUUAGGACGCCUCUGUGGUACACGGUCCAGUGUUAACUAAUCUACUUUCCCGUUAGACAAUGAUGUGAGAAUUUAGGAUUAUGAACACCUUGGGGUGGGGCGGGCGGGGGGAGGGGGAGAGUGGUUGGAAGUGUCUGGAAGGGCAUGAGGGGGCGUCCCAGGUGCUGUUUUUUGCUCAGAGUACGGCUACCCAGAUGUGUUCACUUUGUGAAAAAUGCAGAGUUGCAGUUAUCAUUGUUGCACUUCUCUGUAUGUGUGAUAGAAAUAAAAACCCAACGCACUCAGAAUGCAGGCCUAAGGCCUAACCGUAAAUAACUAUUCCUGUUCACCAUCAGACUACUGGGGCCUGACUAACCUACAGGUAAUUCAGGAGGCACGCGCACAAAAUUAACUUUUAAGUCUUGUUGCUAGACUGACUGAGUUUCCCAUGGAAUGACUAGAAUUACAUCCCUUCAUGUUUUCUCAGAGAAACACUUAAGAGCUUAAUAGGAAAAUUUGCCACAGAGACUUAAAGAAAAGAAGCCACGUUCAGGCAGCCAGUUGGUUAACAGUAUCCUAUUAGUUAACAUCCCGUACAACAUUAAUGCGCAUGAUAGAAUGCUGUGGCCUUACCUUGGUUAUCAUGUAAACCAGUGGCCUGUUUUUAGGGUUAACUUGAAGGAUUCCAUAGAUACUAGGCCUGGCCUUAAUCCGCCCAUUUCUUGUGAGUAUAAUUUUUUGUGCUUCUCUCCUGCCCCUUCCUGUGUCCAUAAUUUAAUAAUUUUUCAAGUGUGUAGGUGAGGUACAGACAGAAUCAACACCUAGGGCGGAAGGCCCAGCAGGCUGCCACUGGACAUUUUGGACACAACUUGAAGAAAUGCAACCCCAAAGCUAAGAAUAAUUAUUAAUUACUGUUGCUGCCAGUCAGACGUAGUGACUUCUAUAGUGAAUUGCCUUACUAACAGAGAGACUAGGGAUAAAACUGGUGGAUAUGUUAACUCCUUUGCAUAAGUAUUCUUUAUUUAUUAAAUAAAAGAAUUUGAUAGUUUC